CUCUUUGAAUUCUCAAAUUCUUCACCUUUUGUUUUCUUCAGGAAAAAGUAUUUGUGCUUAAAGCUUAAAUACUCCAAAACGAGAAAAGCUUUUAUGUGCCUGCUUUCAACUUUACUUGAAAUCAUCUCCUUCGGAAAUGGCUAUAAAGAAAAACGGGUUCAUUCAUAGUUCUGCACCAGAAGAACUAAAGAAAGUUUUGAAAGAAGUGGCAGCCGGAUGGGGAGAUGCGAUACAAGAUAUAGAAGAAUUCGAUGUAAUUCCACUGAAGGGAGCAAUGACUAAUGAGGUCUUUCAGAUAAACUGGCCUACAAAUCAUGGUGAUCUUCAUCACAAAGUGUUGGUCCGGAUUUACGGUGAAGGUGUCGAAGUGUUUUUCGAUAGGGAUGAUGAGAUUAGGACCUUUGAGUGCAUGUCCAAGCAUGGUCAAGGACCUAGGCUUCUUGGGCGGUUUUCGGAUGGAAGGAUCGAGGAGUUCAUUCAUGCCAGGACACUUUCUGCAGCUGAUCUCCGGGACCCAGAAAUAUCUUCCCUUAUAGCAGCUAAAUUGAGAGAGUUCCACGAUCUUGACAUGCCUGGUCCGAAGAAUGUAUUUCUCUGGGAGCGAUUGAGGACUUGGCUUAGUCAGGCAAAGAAGAUCUGUUCCCAGGGAACUGCUGAAGAAUUCGGCUUGGAUGUUCUCGGAGAGGAAAUAAGCAUCCUCGAGAAAGAGUUAACACAGAGUUAUCAAGAGAUUGGGUUUUGUCACAAUGAUUUGCAAUAUGGUAACAUAAUGAUGGAUGAAGAGACGAGAGCAAUUACCCUAAUCGACUACGAGUAUGCAAGUUACAAUCCUGUCGCUUAUGACCUUGCAAAUCACUUCUGCGAGAUGGCCACUAAUUAUCAUUCCGAGACACCCCAUAUUUUGGACUACCGCAUAUACCCUGGUAACUUGUAAUUUUAGAAACAUCUU